UGCACACUCUGCUAAAUACCGGAAAAGCAAGGUUCUGGAGGUCCGGAGCUGCAACACUGUUCAUUUCUGGGUGAACGAAUGGGGUUGGAGUGAGAGUCAUGAUGGAUUAAACAAAUAAACAGUUGGUGGUCAUGGCAAUGGAGGCGGACAGGCCGGGGAACAAUGGGGCCUUUGGCUGGAUGCUUGUCUCCUGAGUGUCCUGCCUGUACUUGGUGGUGAGGGGUUUUGAAGAAAAAAGACCCAUUGUCUCUCGCAUCCUGCUUCUGAGCCUGAGCAGUGAAACGAUGCUUCUGGAUGCCCGCCCAGGAUGCUCAACCAUAAAGCAUAGAAAAACUUACUGCUUUAUCUACAUGGACAGUUAUCAAUAAGACGGAGAAGGCCAGGACAUUGGGAUGGAAGUGGUAUUCCAUGGAUCAGACUGUGCAGGGGAUAUCUAGAGAGGGCAAAGGAGACCUUCAGGAUGGGAAAAACAUUUGCAACUUUUCCAGAUUCUAGUUGAAAAGUUUGUAAGAGCAACAUGAGCUGGAGCUUUCUCACUCGCCUCCUGGAAGAGAUCCACAAUCACUCCACCUUCGUGGGGAAAGUGUGGCUGACUGUGCUCAUCAUCUUUCGCAUUGUGCUCACAGCGGUCGGAGGUGAGUCCAUCUACUCAGACGAGCAGACCAAGUUCACCUGCAACACCAAGCAGCCGGGCUGUGACAACGUGUGCUAUGAUGCAUUCGCUCCCCUCUCGCAUGUUCGCUUCUGGGUCUUCCAGAUCAUCAUGAUCUCCACCCCCUCCAUCAUGUACAUGGGUUAUGCCAUCCACAAGAUAGCCCGAAGUUCGGAUGAGGAGCGCAAGAAGCACCAAAGACUCCGCAAAAAGCCACCUCCGCACUCGAGAUGGAGAGAGAGCCACCAUCUGGAGGAUGUCUUAGAGGAGGAGGAAGAUGACGAUGCUGAGCCCAUGAUCUAUGAGGAUACACUGGAGGUGCAGGAGGCCAAGCCUGAACCAGUAAGCAGCACGAUCAAAGACCCACCAAAGUACGAUGGCCGCAGAAAAAUUAUGCAAGAAGGCCUGAUGAGAAUCUAUGUUCUUCAGCUCAUGUCACGAGCUAUUUUUGAAAUUGCUUUCCUUGCUGGACAGUACCUUCUCUAUGGUUUUCGAGUUAGCCCCUCAUAUGUGUGCAACAGGAUUCCCUGUCCACACAGAGUGGACUGUUUCAUCUCCAGGCCCACAGAGAAAACAAUCUUCCUCCUAAUUAUGUAUGUGGUAAGCUGUCUCUGUCUCGUGCUAAAUGUGUGUGAGAUGCUUCACUUGGGAAUUGGCACUUUUCGGGAUACUCUCCGCAUGAAAAGGAACCGGGGCCGGCGGACAUCCUAUGGUUACCCAUUCUCUCGCAACAUCCCAGCCUCCCCUCCAGGGUACAACCUUGUGAUGAAGACAGACAAACCCAGCAGGAUCCCCAACAGCCUCAUCACCCAUGAGCAGAACAUGGCCAAUGUGGCCCAGGAGCAGCAGUGCACCAGCCCAGACGAGAACAUCCCCUCCGAUCUUGCAAGUCUUCACCGACAUCUACGAGUCGCACAGGAGCAGCUCGACAUGGCCUUUCAAACAUAUCAAACCAAACACAACCAGCAAACCUCCAGAACCAGUAGUCCUGUAUCUGGGGGCACUAUGGCAGAACAAAAUCGAGUGAAUACAGUCCAGGAGAAACAAGGCGCGAGGCCAAAGUCAGCCACAGAGAAGGCUGCAACUAUUGUAAAAAAUGGAAAGACCUCUGUCUGGAUAUAGAGAUGAAUCGAAUUUAGUAAAUUAACAGUAAAAACUUUGAGUCUCCAGAACUGCACUGUGACCCAGCUGGAGGAAUUGUGUGUGUGUGAGAUACAACCUUGGACAAUAACAUUUGAGAUUUCAAUCACGCUAGCUGAAGAAGUACACAGUAGGACUAGUUGUUGGGAAAAUAUAUAUAAUAUAUAUAAAAAAACACACAUGAAGAAAUGAUCAAAUCAUGAAUCUUCUUUGUUACUGUAGUGUGUCAUAUUGUGCUUGCCAUAGCUUUUGGAUAGGGUUAACGUAUGCUUACUAAGUUCAGCAUCUCUAAUUCCAACUAAAAUGUCAAGUCAUAAACAGACUGCAUUGAGCUAUUUAUCUGAUUUACAUCCGACUGUCACUGAACUGUAUUCAUUUGGAGCAAUUUAACUUUGGAAAUGUGUGAUUGUAUUAUCAAUCCAAAUUUGAAAAUGCAGUGGAAAAGACUUUAGAUAUACACAAUGACUACUUACUAAAGAAUGAUGAUUGUUAUUAGAAAGGUGCAUGUUUAUUAUUUGAAGAAAUAGUUGUGGAUGUGGUACAGAUGAGCGUUCCUUGAACCAAAUUAAAUGUGAAAUAUUUUGAUAAAGUGAACAUAACUGGGAUAUGUCACUAAAGGCUUCAAUGGUAAACAUCUGCUCAGUGUAAGAAUCCUCAGUCAUUGCGUGCAAAGCCUUUAUCUACUGUACUAUUUUCAAAGCCUUGCAGUGUCAGAUUUAUAGGGAAAGAGGUAAGUGAAUAGGAAAUUUAAUUAUUUUUUUAACUAAAUACUGAUUUUCUGCAAUCUGAAGCAGAUGAUGCAUGCUUUAAAACUUGGAACAUACAGUAUACACUUAGACUACGGUAGAAGUCCCAUCCUUAGCUUUUCAGUGAGCUCUUAUCUUAAUUUUAGGCAUGUUAGAUGAGAUACAGAUGAGCAUUUUUCUUUUUCUGUCACCGAAGCAGUAUGUUUCCAAAACUGGUUUCAGAGUAAUAGUUAAUCCUGCCUUCACUGUUUUCUUACUUCAAAGUGCCUCAAAGUCAAGUCAAGACUGUUCUAGUAUUUUAUUCAUGAAAAAAUAAACUUAUUUGAAACCUCA